UUAAUAAUUAAUAUCGACCGCAGAGACAUCUGACGAAAUAUAUCCUCACCGAGGAGGUGCAAGGUGCAACCGGUGCAAUUGCAAUCCUCCUGAAUCCUCCUAUUCUUUUGUCCUACGACAUAUUCAGACAUAUUCGAGUGAUCUCAGUGAUCUUGCCCGGGAACUUCGUAGAAGUUUGUAGAAGUUCUAUGGCAGAACUUCGUGGAGUGGAAUGAAAAUUAUUAAUAACGUCUCUUGCUAUGCCAUUGUUUUGUGAGCAUUUUAUUUAAAAAUGGGCUUGUACUGUAUUGUAAAUGAUUGCAAAUCAACCCAAUACAGACGUGUAAACGAGGAAAAUGAAGUAAAUGUACCCUUAUUCAAUAGAUUCCCAACUGAUACACUCCUUAGAGAGAAAUGGGUUGAAGCUCUUAGGACAUUAAAUAAUCAAGAAAAUGCAAGCAAUCGUGCACAAGCUGGCAAAGUAUGUGCUAUGCAUUUUUCUAAUGAGUGCAUUGAAAGGCGUGGUUCUUCACAAUAUCGCUUAAAACCAAAUUCAGUGCCAUCAAUAUUUCCACGUAAUAACAGUACUCAUUCACAUUUAACAGAUGUAUCGAAUAUGGAACCCACACUUGAGGACUGUGCAACUGAGCAAGCAAGCACGAGCACGUCAUUGAUGCCGGCACACUUUUGUGAAUUUAAAUGUGAAUUCAUUAAGGAAGAAGUCAUGGAUUCUGAGGCAGAGAAAAGUGUAGAUGAAUAUUUAAUUGGAAUAAAUAAUGAUGUUUCAGAAACAGACGAACACACUGGAAAUGCAAUUUAUGCUACCCCUCAGAAAUCAAUUAGAUAUCCUGGAGAUAUUUCUACUCUAAAAGUAGAAAACAUGACACCAGCAACAUUACGCAAAUGCGUGCGUGUUUUAAAGAAAUCAUGCGAAAAGAAAAGUGAAGUAAUUAAAAAAUUGAGGACUCAAACGCGUAGGCAAAAAAAGAGAAUUGCUAGCCUAAAGAUCCUACUACAUGAAUUGCGAAACAAGUAUAACCUUCGCGUACAGUAUUCCUCAGCACACAAACCCUUGCUUCAUUGCAACGAAGACAAAUCAUCCGCUGACGGAAAUUAUAAUCCGACAGAUACAACUAGCGUCCUCACUAUUUCGUCAUAAAAAAAAAAAAU